GUGCCCACCACCCCGGCUGGCGACGUGGCUCGGCGGCCCCGGCCUCCCCCGGCUGCUCAGCGGCCAAUGGGCGCGUGAGCCCGGACGCCCGAAGCCGCCCGCGCGAGGUCGGGGCGCGCCCCUCGGCGGGGCCCGGGGCGGGCUCUGGCUGCGGCGCCCGCCGUCCCUCCCCCCGGCGGUCCCAGCCCCGCCGCCGCGCUGCGAGCCCCUACAGCCCAUCCGCCGCUCGCGUCGCCCGCUCCUGCCUCCCUCGCAGCCGCCCUCUCCUCCGAACCAUGGCGCGCCGUGGCCGCUGCCGCCUCCUGGGGCUCGCCCUGGGGCUGCUGCUGGCGCUAGCGCUGGCGCCGCGGGCGCUGCGGGCCAAGCCCACGGUGCGCAAGGAGCGCGUGGUGAGGCCCGACUCGGAGCUGGGCGAGCGGCCGCCCGAGGACAACCAGAGUUUCCAGUACGACCACGAGGCCUUCCUGGGCAAAGAGGACUCCAAGACCUUCGAUCAGCUCACCCCAGACGAGAGCAAGGAGAGGCUGGGGAAGAUUGUUGAUCGAAUUGACAGUGAUGGGGAUGGCUUUGUCACCACCGAGGAGCUGAAAAGUUGGAUCAAACGGGUGCAGAAAAGAUACAUCUAUGAUAAUGUUGCUAAAGUCUGGAAGGAUUAUGAUAGAGACAAAGACGAUAAAAUUUCCUGGGAAGAAUACAAACAAGCCACCUAUGGAUACUACCUCGGAAAUCCCACAGAGUUCCAAGAUAGUUCCGAUCAUCACACCUUCAAAAAGAUGCUGCCACGUGAUGAGAGAAGGUUCAAGGCUGCAGACCUCGAUGGGGACCUGACAGCUACUCGAGAGGAGUUCACUGCCUUUCUACAUCCUGAGGAGUUUGAGCAUAUGAAGGAAAUUGUGGUGUUGGAAACUCUGGAGGACAUCGACAAGAACGGGGAUGGGUUUGUGGACCAGGAUGAGUACAUUGCCGAUAUGUUUUCUCAUGAGGAUAAUGGCCCUGAGCCAGACUGGGUUUUGUCUGAACGGGAGCAGUUCAGUGACUUCCGGGAUCUSAACAAGGAUGGGAAGCUGGACAAAGACGAGAUUCGCCACUGGAUCCUCCCCCAGGAUUAUGACCAUGCCCAGGCCGAGGCCAGGCACCUGGUAUACGAGUCGGAUAAGAACAAGGAUGAGAAGCUAACUAAAGAGGAAAUACUAGACAACUGGAACAUGUUUGUUGGAAGCCAAGCUACCAAUUAUGGGGAAGAUCUCACUAAAAAUCAUGAUGAACUUURAAGAGACACUCACUAUAAUGUGGCAGAUUGUCAUACGCUUUCAUUUAUUGUCUUGGGUGGUUGCUACAAUUGUCUAAUUUACAGUAGUUGUGUCCCCCCAGAUGCAAGGACCUAG